CAAUCAGUACUUGCAAUCUACUUAAUCUUCAGAAGUGUCAAUUCAGGUCAAAAAUUGGAUCAUAUAGAAAAGUCGCAUGACCUGAAAGAUGCACGGUUUAUUGAAAGACUUCUCGCUAAACACCGGAGGCUUCUUGGAGUUCUUAUCCCAUUCAUGCUUUUUCAAAUUAUUUAUUGGCUAUUGGCAUAUCGUUAUAAAUUCUUAUAUCUUUUUCGUGAAAAAUAUAUAAUGUCACUGAUCAUGAUUUUUGGAGGACUUAUCGGAGGUAUGACAACUGAAGGUGGAGGAGCUGUGGCCUUUCCAGCAAUGACACUUGUCCUUCAUAUUGACCCUACUAUAGCCCGAGACUUUUCUUUAAUGAUACAGUCCUGUGGCUUAUCUGCUGCAGCUUUUACAAUCUUUUUUAUGUCAAUUGUUGUUGAAUGGUACUCAAUAAUAUUUUCCAGUUUGGGUGCUAUUUUUGGAAUAAUUGUUGGUCUAGAGGUGAUCGAUCAACGAAUAACACCGCCGCAAAAGAAAAUGGCAUUUGUAUCUAUUUUUUUCUCAUUCGCGCUUGCUCUUUUCAUCUUAAAUUCAGAGAAAAAACGGAUUAUUUUUGAUCGAAUUCAGAAUUUUUCACCAUUGAAAGCAACAGUAUUGGUUGUUAAUGGAUUUUUUGGAGGGAUUCUUACCGCAGUCACCGGAUCUGGAAUAGAUAUCUAUUCAUUCUCAAUCCUUACUCUUUUAUUUCGUAUUAAUGAGAAAGUUGCAACACCAACUUCUGUUGUACUUAUGUUCCUGAAUAGUAUAGCAGGAUUCUUCUGGCGACAGUUUAUACAACAGGAAAUAUCCAAGGAUGCUUGGGAGUAUUUUGCCGUUUGUGUGCCGGUUGUAGUUCUAUGUGCCCCUACCGGCAGUUUCCUAGCGUCACAUUUUCAUCGACUUGUCUUAGCCAAUUUGAUUUAUUUCUUAGAGAUUGUUGCAUUAGGUGGUGCAAUUAUUGCUAUAAAACCAGAAUGGGGAUUAAUUCUUCUAUCUCUAGUAAUGAUUUCGGUUUCUUUCGUCUUUUACUAUUGUAUAGGAAGAAUUGGAAGAAAUGAGGUCAGUAAAUAUGAUGCAGAGAAAACUAAAACAACUCGCGAUACAAUGCACAAUUAA